GAGUUUUAUAAGCAAGCCCAGGAUAUGGAACCUGUCUUCAACCAGUCAGGAUGAGAGUAAGUGGCACCCUGAGCAAGCAGAGGAGGUACGGAGGCUUGUUCUCAAGAGGAACGUGGUUCUUUUCUUCCUAUCCCAAAAUGGAGCUUGAAUCUGUGACAGUAAAUGUAACCAUCCAGGACUUUGUGGCUGAUGUGGCAUCUGAGAUGUUCUUCUGCAAUAAACAGCAAAUCUCUAGGGAGAUCAUGUUCAUCUUUCCUGUGGACUCUGACACUGUUGUACACACCUUCCAUGCCACCAUGGGGGACACUCGUGUUGAAGCAAUGCUCUGGGACAAGAAGGAGGCACAGCAACUGUACAAAGCCACUCCAGGCAUGGAGAAUUUGAGAUAUCUGCAGGAUCAGUGGGAUCUUUGGGGUCCAGUGUUUGCUUGUUCUGGGACUGUGCCUCCUAACAGAGAGGUGGCCAUCAGCCUGUGCUAUGCUCAGGAGCUUCCACUGCAUCCUGAUGGAGCUGCCAAGUUUUGCUGGCCAAAGAAGCUAUUUCCUCAACAAAAAUUCAUCAGUGAGUGAUCCCACGAACAGGAGAUCCCUGAGAUAUCAGAAGACCUGCACUUCAGAAUCUGUCUGCAGUCAGCCCAUGGUGUGUCACAUAUUGAUGUUAACAGCAGCUGCACCCCUCUGCAGUACACAGCUCCAGAUCAGAUGUCUGCUGAGGUUUCAUUGACAUCAUCGUCUUGUCUCUCUGAUAAGUUGGAAUUGUUGGUGUAUUAUGGAGGGCCUCACAAUCUCAGUGCUGUGGUGGAGAGCCGAGACCCCAAAGUUGCACCUGGCUCUCUGCUGGGGGACCCUGUGGUGAUGGUGACACUGAAGCCCAGCAUUCCUGAAGUGAUGCCCAGCCCAGGCCAUCUUGGGGAAUUCCUCUUUCUCAUGGACUGCAGCCUCUACCAGGAUGCACAGAACACACUGCUCUUCCUCCUCAAGAGUUUGCCUCUGGGUUGCUACUUCAACAUCUACACUUUUGGGGCCACUUUCAAAGUCUUCUAUCCGCAAAGUGUGGAAUACACACAGGAAGCCAUGGACAAUGCUGUGGGACGCAUCUCUUCCAUCUGCCCUGAUCUUGGGGGCUGUGAUCUCUUGGGUCUCCUAAGGUUUAUCUACAGCACUCCCCUCCUUCGUGGACUGCCUCGCCAGCUCUUCAUCUUCAUCCAAAGGAAGGUCUCCAGUGAGGAGCAAGCUAUCAUGGCUAAGGUUCACCGUUACCGGGACUACCAUCGGUGUUUCUGUUUUCCUACAGACAAGUGUGAGAGCUUUUACAUUUCCCAGGCCAUUGCUCUGGAGACCAAAGGCAAAUGUGUGUGCAUCCACUCCAAGAUGACCAUGACAUCUGAGGCAGUGAAAUGCCUGCAGCAGGCCCUGCAGCCCCUGGCAAGUGAGAUCUCACUGCACUGGGAUCUUCCACCAGGCCUGGAGGUGACAGUGAUCAGAAAAGCUCCUGAGACGAUCUUCCAGAGACAUCAGAGCAUCGUCUAUGCCCAGAUCCAUGGGCAAGCACAGGAUCCAGAGGCAGAUGUGGCAGCUGUGACCCUUCAGUAUCGUGUGGGCAGCCAGCCCUUUCAUUACACACUCAGAUUCUCAAUGUCCCCAUCAGCAGAUGACAGGUUUCCUGUGCACCGCAUAGCCAUGAUGCAUCUGCUUUGGAAACUGGCCUGGCAGGGGUCAAGCAAGUCAGAGAUGGAGGACAUCUGGCACAGUGCAGUUAAGCUCAGCCUCAGCCUGGGGGUCCCAUCUGCCUUCACAUCAGUUGUGGCAGUACGCAUAGAACAGAUGGAUACUGGGCACCAUGAUUCUUUGCUUGCAGAUUCCUCCAUGCUUCUUUCUUCCUCUUGCAAUCUGGUUCCCUGCCAGUUCCUCUGGUUGUGUGGCUCCAGGCCUGUAUGGUUCAAGUCCACCAAAUUUUGGAUGGUCCAGAAGUUCCAGCUCUGUCUCGAGACGCUGAGUCCCAAGGCCUCUCACACGGAGGUAUUGUCCCAGCUUUCAGCACACUGUAAAGAGCAGGAGUCUUCUCCUGAGGAGCAGAUGAUAGAAGAACCAACAGCUUUUAACACCAGUUGGGUCUGGACAAUUUCACCACUGUCAACAAAACUGUGUAACUUCUCCAGUAUCAGGAUAGUAGUGGCACUCCAGAAAGCAAAUGGGUCCUGGGCCCUCACCUCAGCCCUGAUCUCUGCCUUGGGGCUCAGGAAGGCUGAUGUUGAGGGACAAAGUCUCAGUAAGAGUUCCAUCUGGAUGAAUAUCUGGAAGCAGUGAAUUCUUUCCUAGGCUGUUUUGUAGAGCCCACCAUCUUCAGGAUCUGAACUUCCC